AUGGGUGCAGCAUCAGCAAAUAACCUCCUCGCCGAGCUGAAUUAUGGCUCCUUCCAGGGUUAUUAUGAUGCGGACUACAACAUGUCCUACUGGAAGAAAAUACCAUUUGCCGCGCCCCCAGUGGGCGAGAAUCGAUUCAGGGGUCCCCAACCACCCGCUCAAAUCAACGGACAAAAACUACGUCCCGUAUUCAUUGAGUUUUAUGGGGGCGCAUUUGUCGAAGGUUCUGCCUCCACCGGGCUACCUGGAAUAUUUUACCCGUUGCUGAACUCGAGCGACGAGAGCGAUUUUAUCGCAGUCGGUCCGAAUUAUCGAACAAAUGCAUUCGGAUUCCUACCAGGCCAAGAGGUACACGACGAUCCCAAGUCUGAUUUGAAUGCUGGUCUAUUGGAUCAGCAAUAUGCCCUGGAAUGGGUACACAAGUACAUCCAUCACUUCGGCGGCGAUCCAUCGCAAGUUACAAUCAUCGGCCAAAGUGCCGGGGGAGGGAGCACGGUAGCACAGUCGCUUGCAAACGGCGGUAGAACAGAACCUCCUCUGUUUCAGAGAUCUCUAUCGUUGAGUCCAUUUUGGCCCAAGACAUAUCGGUACAAUGCGCCAGAGGCGCAAGCCAUCUACGAUCAAUUCACGCGUGCGAGCAACUGUUCCAGCUCUAAGGAUACUCUCGGUUGUUUAAAGACUGCCAGUUUAGAAACCCUAAUGACCGCUGCGUACAAUGUGACGUACAGUGACGAGUAUGGCCCUUCUUCGUACACAUGGGCACCAGUCAUAGACGGCCACUUUUUACGCACCACUCUGACCAAAGCAAUCAAAAAUGGCGAUAUAAAUGGCGAUGUACACUGGGGAAUGUAUAACACAUAUGAAGGAGAGAACUUCAUUCCGCCCUCACUCAACAACUCUGAUUCAGGCUCAUCAGAUGCAGCUUUCAAGCUUUGGUUGGGUGAUUUUCUGCCUGGACUAUCCCAACAUGAGCUGCAACGUCUUGAAACUGUCUACCCACCGAGCGGCAGCAGUGAAAAUAUCGAGAGUUACAAUUCCACAUAUGUACGCGCGGAAUUGGUAUACCGAGAUCUUGUCCUCGCUUGUCCUGCAUAUUGGACUGCCAGCAUUGCGGAAACGGGAUACCUGGGCGAGUACACAAUUUCACCAGCGACCCACGGGAGUGAUGUCUCUUGGUGGGAUAAUCCGAACGUCCUGCAAACAGAAUACCCUACGAUCUACCACGGAUUUGCAGGUGCCUACGCGUCCCUGAUACAGACGGGUAACCCUAACACAAACAAAUUGACUAAUUCCUCGGAGGCUGCGGUUCCAAAUAUCAAGACGGGAAAGGAAUGGGUAAUAGCAAUGAGUGGCUUUACGACUGCGAAAAUAGAACAGUUGAAAGAGCGAUGUGGAUUUUGGAUGGAUGUGGCAGCAAAUGUUCCCAUCUAA